GCCUUGGAGUUCCAGAUCUUUAAGAAUCCGCUCUGGUCUUUCUUCUACAUCUUCUCUGUGUUCAUCUUCAUGUACCAUGCCUGCAUCGGCUGGAAGAAGGUGACGCCCGUGCUCGGAAUCCCCAGGGGUCACAUCUGGCGGGUGGAGCUCAUUGGCUAUGGCAUCAUGAUCGUCAUGGGCCUGGUCUACAUCUCCUUCCCGCUCUACGUCAUGGCCACCAAACCCUUCGGGGGCUAUGAGAUGAGCAUCCAGAUUCCGGGCCGAGAGGAGUGA